AUGUUCGAGGAGAAACUUCUAGUCGGCAUUGCAUCACUUGCAUCUACUAUUGCGAUUCUAGCAUGUGUCGUUGUCAUCCCAGGACUAUAUUCCACUAUCAAUGAAAUGCAUGAUGAGGUCAUCGAUGGAGUAAAAGUGUUCCGAGUCGAAACUGACGCCGCUUGGGUUGAGAUGCUCGAUGUGCAAGUAAUGGUUGCCCCACCAUCCAAGCCUAAGGAGAAUCCAUUUAACUCCGUCUUCCGUCAAAAGCGUCGUUCCACUUAUGCCAGUCUUCCAUCCUGGUGCCAAUGCGAGCCAGCCAAGCCACGUUGCCCACCUGGACCACCAGGACCACCAGGGCAUCCAGGACAACGAGGAAUUCCAGGAAUUCCAGGACGUCGUGGACAAGACAAUCACAAUACGAUUUCCCCACCAGCAUGCCCAGCACGCGAUCCAGAAUGUGUCAAGUGCCCAGCUGGACCACCAGGACCAUCUGGAACAUGUGGACCAGUUGGAAGACCAGGACCAGACGGACGUCCAGGACAGCCAGGAAGAAGAGGAAAUGAUGGAAGACCAGGACAACCAGGACCACAAGGAAAUGCUGGACAACCAGGAAGAGAUGGACGCCCAGGACAACCAGGACAUCCAGGAAAAGAUGGUAGACGUGGACACGGAGCUCCAGGAGCACCAGGAAGAGCCGGUCAACCAGGACGCGCAGGAGCUCCAGGUCACCCAGGAAAGCCAGGAGAGCGAGGACCACAUGGAUAUUGUGGACCAGCUGGAAGACCAGGACAACAAGGAAACAGAGGAUCCGAUGGACAUCCAGGAGCUCCAGGAAAUCCAGGACUUCAAGGAUCAGAUGCCGCAUACUGUGUAUGCCCAAGAAGAUCAGUUAUGUUCCUCAAUCGUCAUUAG